GGGAGACGUGGUGGUUUCUUGGUUCACAUGGACUCUUUUUACCGCGUUUGUAAUCACUUCGGAUCAGAGUGACCAUCCUGUCUCAAAAAUAGCACCACAUUAACUCUGAAUACGAGGUGAAGCCAAUGAUGUCUCCAUGACACUUUACAUCAUGUUUACACGCACCCGGAUUACUCCCAGAUAAAUUUGGACUGAAUCAAAUAUCAAAAGUCAGUGGGUGAGCAAAAUGUGCACACGAUUCUGUAAUCAGAAAGAGAUUGUUUGAAUCUGGACAAGGAUAAACUGAGGGAAAAUCUCCUUCAUCUGUGGUUUUCACCUUCCCUAAAAUCUACUGAGAAUUUUUAGACAUGUUGGUCUGCACUGUUUGAGUUUUGAGGCUCAUUUCUGCUCUCAUGUUAUAUCUGAGAGAAGCAGAACUACAAUUGUCUACAAGGUAAAGUGAGGCAACACUGAACUCAAGAUGCUCCAGACCAAUAACUACUCGCUGGUGCUGUUGAUCCAGCUUUCUCUUCUGGCCUUUGACCUGUUUGUCAACUCCUUCAGUGAGCUGCUGAGGGCAGCUCCAGUCAUUCAGCUCGUGCUGUUCAUAAUCCAGGACAUCGCCAUCUUGUUCAAUGUCAUCAUCAUCCUUCUGAUGAUGUUUAACACGUACGUGUUCCAGGUGGGACUCCUGUCUUUGCUGCUGGAGAGGUUUAGAGCACUGCUCAUCCUGUCUGCAGUCUACCUCACACUCAGCAUCUGCCUCCACUGCUGGCUCAUGAAUCUGAGGUGGAUGGAUUCGAAUCGUUUCGUCUGGACGGACGGCUUGCAGGUGCUCUUUGUGUUCCAGAGACUAGCUGCAGUUUUGUAUUACUACUUGUACAAACGCAGCACCGAGUACCUCGGAGAUCCGAGACUGUAUGAAGACUGUGCCUGGCUGCGGGAUGCUUUUGCUCGAGCUCGGCUAUGAUCUACAUCAAGAUCCAGACAGAGAUGGCAGACUGGUUUGCAGUCUGGAACACUGGCAGAGUUAAGCAAAACAAAACUGCUGUACCAGUACAGUACCAGAACUAAGAGACUCCUAUGCAGAGCACAAGUAGUCCCACUUACAGAGCAUCUUAUUGCUGGAUUAUUUAAUAUCUGACUAAACUGUUCAAACAAGAACACACCAUACAAUGAUAAUCUACACAUUUUUAAAUGCAUAUAAUAUAUUUUAAAACAUAAUGAAUACAACAGAUUACAUGUUCUGUUGUUCAAUUACUUACUACUUUAUUUUUUUACUCAAUCUGGUUUGAAUAGGGGGCACGGUGGCUUAGUGGUUAGCACGUUCGCCUCACACCUCCAGGGUCGGGGUUCGAUUCCCGCCUCCACCUUGUGUGUGUGGAGUUUGCAUGUUCCCCCCCGUGCCUCGGGGGUUUCCUCCGGGUACUCCGGUUUCCUCCCCCCGGUCCAAAGACAUGCAUGGUAGGUUGAUUGGCAUCUCUGGAAAAUUGUCCCUAGUGUGUGAUUGCGUGAGUGAAUGAGAGUGUGUGUGUGCCCUGCGAUGGGUUGGCACUCCAUCCAGGGUGUAUCCUGCCUUGAUGCCCAAUGACGCCUGAGAUAGGCACAGGCUCCCCGUGACCCGAGGUAGUUCGGAUAAGCGGUAGAAGAUGAAUGAAUGAAUGAAUGAAUGAAUGGUUUGAAUAUGGACGCUGCACCAACUAAGAGGCAUAGCUAUAUACUGUAUGUUGACUGUUUGCACUGGUCUCCCAGCCCUGUAUGAUAAACUCUACUGUAUGUGAUGCUCUGUUCUAUUGUAGGAAGUAUUUUUAUAUAAGAUUUUGUAUUGUUUUGGUUUCCCUAGAGGAAUAACAAUUAGAUAAGUAGUUAUGACCAAAUAGUUUUUUUCCGUGAAAUUGAUUCCAUUAAUGUAAUUUGAUUUUUAUUAUUUUUUUUAGCUCUAUCUGCAUCAUCUUUUUCAAUUCUUUUGGAACACUACAUUAAUGUUCACCAGCUAGAUUCACAGUAAGAUUGCUUUUGGUUAUCAACAUUUCCAAAGUGCCUCUCUAUGAAUCAUUGUGUCCUUUAGCCGUUUUUUUGAAAAUAGUCAUCUUUAAAUACAUCAAAAUAUCCAUUUUUUUUUCAUACCAGACAUCUGGAUAUGGUUUAGAUUGGUAAGUGUGUCUAUUUGUAAGGUCAGAGUUUUUGAUUUGACAAGCAUCUCAGGACAGCAAUCACAUAUUUUUUUUCACAAGCAAUUUUUGUUUUUUAAUAAAAAAGUAACACAUGUAACUGACAUCAUAAAAUGCCACAAUGCUAAAUUACAAAACAGGAAUUAAAAAACAAACACAAAUAUUGUACAUUAGGGUUGAGUAACCCAUGAGCUCAAGUCUGACCAAUGAACAGGUUAUUGCCCUGAGAGCCUGGUACUGAGGCCCUGACAGACUGCUCUAUUCUUAUCCAUGAGAUUACAAUAGGAUUGGAGAUUUAGACACCACAAACAGCCUGCCCAGCACACAUAUACUGAGCUCUAGAAGUAUUAGCACCCUUAAUAAAGCUGGGUAAAGACUAUUUGAAAAUACAAAUGUAGAAAUUUACAUUCUGCAAUCCAGAAACAACAGAGCAACAGCGAGUGAGUUCCAGGUGAUGGGACUCAGGAUCAGGGAGGUCUGGACAGCAGAAGGUUUCUGAACACUAGCAUCUCGGGUAUAGCAUAACAGACAUCACAGCACUGAGUGGUGUGCAACUACAGUCUGAUUGUUUAACAUCUUUAUUUGAACUAAGUUACAUUUUGUGAUUCAUUUGCUUAAGAAAGAAAUAAUGAGUUAAUAUAAUUAUAUAGUUAUUUAUACAUUUGUAUCUUUCAGGAGAGAGUCGGAUAGCUGACUCUGGACUAAAUUUGAAUCAAAGCAAGUUAUUUGGAAAAUGUCUGCUAUAUUUUAGCUGAUUAGCAAAUUCUGACUUGAACAGCAGAUGUUAACUAUUAAGGGUGUGUAAUAAUUGUGCAGCCAUUUUUGCCAGGACUGCUAAGAUG